GUUGCAAGAUGGUCCUGGACGAAAACAGAUCAUCCAGCGUCUUGACUGAAUUUCCUCGCUUCAGAGAUGUCAGAGGCUUGAUUGAUCAAGACUUCAUUCUGGAAUUUGGAGAAGAUGUAGCUACCAGGUUUUUGGAGAGGUGGCCGACUGUUUUCAAGCAUAAAGUGAUCCAGCAGAGCAAGACUCUCCCUACCUCAACCGACCUUGAAGAAGUGAUCUACUGUGCUGAAGGAGCUUCAAGUGAGGAGGAACUGGAUGAGACCCUUACCUCUGGCUGGGACAGUGAUCUUGCUUCCAUCAUUCUCCUGUUCCACCUGAUUCCUCCUUCCUGUCAGGGUUACAAAAGACGUGGGAAGGUUUCUCCAUCCCAGGAUGAGGAGCACCAUGUGGUCUUCCAGAAGGUUUGUAAUAGUGGAACAAGUGUCCAGGAACAUGCUGAUGCCAUGAACUCCACUACGCAGCCCUACCCACUUGCUGUUGGGACAAAGAGGAGCACCAUUCAUGAGUUCUUCAUUGUUCUGGACAAGCAGGUCGUACCAUGCAAGUCAGCCAGCUCACUUGGAGCUUUUGAUGAAAUUUUUCACUUCGUAUUUGGAACUGUUUAUAAUCAAAUGCUCCACAACAUGUACGUCUUGGAACUUGGAGAGUUAAAGGAAGGUGCUGAAAUUGCUUCAGAACUUUGUAGUGAACACUCUCUCUCUCCAUGUCAAACACAAAAUUACUUUCAACUGGGGCUACAGAAUUUCAUCGGCAACAACAUAUUCCUAAUUGGUCACUGGUAAUCUAAAGAUCUAAUUUGAAAAGCUUUUGUGUAAAAUUUUAUGUGACCUUAAGAAAAUGGGUGCUUUUAACUUUGUCACUGACCAAUUGAUAUUUGUCGUUUGUUAAAAAUGGCACUAAUGUCAAGUUCUUCAAAAAAUAUGUAUUUCUUAGAUAAAUGGAUAAAGAUGUUCCAGUAAAUUCACAUUGUCUUAGAAAAGUUUUUUCUUUCUAAUCAAACUGAAAAUGCAGAGAAGCCUUUAAGUGCAUUUUAUUUUUGUACUGAACUUAAUAAAUUAAUAAGACAAGGAAGAUGGGUUCUUUUUGUGCUACAAAUAUCUUUGGCUGUAUGUCGUAAGAAAUAUUAACAAUAGGUUUAUAAAAACAGUAUAUAAUUGUGUAAAUUUUUUUGACACUGACUGAA